GUCAAAAAUGCAACCUUGCAAUUUUUACAGAUGUUUAAAGUCAGGUGAUUGAGCAGCUGAUUUUUGUGACAAAAUUGGCGGGAAAUAUUUAAUAACUUUGAGAGCUUGGCAAAUCUAAACCAAACAAUAUUUUUCUAUUAUUUAAAAUGGAUAUUGAAGUUGGAGGAAAUCAAAAAGCUGACAAAAGUGUUCGUCUUCUGUAGAGGAAAAAAGGUGUUGUGCGUAUUUGUGCGUUGUUUAAUGUAUGUUAAACAAUAGUAGACACUUUAUAUUAAAUUUUAAUAAUAGUUUCGUUUGCGGCUUUUUGCGGCUUUUCCGAUGCUAUAAUUAUUUAGAUGUGCUUGAAUUCUGUCACGCCACGUUGCUGGACGUGUGGAUGGACAGCGGGCGCCACUCUUCCGCGCUGACUGAAUUUGUAUUUGGUCAAAUAGAUCAAUGUACACUAAGCGACGACAAAAGGAGUGAAAUAAAUAAAAAAAUAAGAAGUUUUGAAAUUUUUGUUACGUCAAACCUGCAAAAGUGCAGUCGGAAUAUGCGAACAUUCAGAGAAAAGCAUUCACAGUGGCUAUUAAAGUCUCUUAAAAUACAUUUGGAAAAUCACUCGGAGAUGGAAAAUUUAAAGAAGGGAAGACCAAAACUGACUUAUGAUGAAGGAGGAUCGCGCCUUAAAAGAAAACUUGCUGGUGAAGUAGCGCUUAAGAAUGAAAAUGAUACGCAACUUUUGAUAUACGCAGCUUCAAUAUCAGCAAGGAAAUCAAGUGAACAUAGUGUUGCAUUUUUACUUGCAAAUUGUAAUAGGUCUGAAGCACAGGCAACUGAAGCUAAAAGAAAGCUUCAUACAGCAGAACCAAUACCUCUUACAAUAAAUGAGGCUUUGGAAUUUUUCAUAGACAAUUCAUUAAGCAAACAAUUGUACAAAGAAAUUCGUCAAAUAAGCAAACUGCAUAAUUGCGACAUAUACCCCAACUACAAAAAAGUUCUGGAAGCUAAAUUACAGUUGAGACCACACAGAUCUAUGGACUCAUCAGAUCCACUUAUUUCAAGUAUGGGUAUUAAGAAAAGGACAGCACGUCAUAAGAAACAACCGCUUCCCCAAGAUGUAAUCGAACUCUUAGAAGCACCCCAUCAUAUUGUUCAAAGCAAUACAAAGUCAUUUGUUAAUAACGAAAGUUUUAAUGAUCUAUUAGAUGACUCAGAUGAUUCUGAAUCAAAUGAAAUAAAUCCAUUUUCGUUUGAAUUAGCCGUAGAAAACUACUGAAUACAUAUCUAUAUGCUUACACUUAUAUUUUUAGUUUUGACUUCUAACAACAGAUUACUAUAGAAUAAAAUAAACAA